AAAUCUCAUCUGUAGACUGACCCGCGAUGACCGAACUGCAUCUCAUCUCGGACACGUUAUAAACGUCAGAACUCUCGUACCUUUCUGACUGGUCAGGAAGAGCGAGAUUUCACCACGACCAGGAGAUGAUCAAAGACCGCUGAGUGAUAUCUGAUCUACAGCGUUCUCAGAGAGCAACCGGCUUAAUUAAAUCUGCACGAAGCUGUUCUGGUGCCCACCAUCACUAUUCAAUUCUAUGUCCUGUUCGGCAGUGUCUCGGUUCACUGCAGUUUACUCGACGACCACCAGAUGGUUGAUACUUGUUCCAUUCCAAAGCUGUUGGGUACCACGCUUCCUUGCACUGAAUUCCGCCACAUCAGGCAAAUCGAGUCGAGUUGCGUCCACCUGACCAACGCUGGAACCAGUUGCUAGUGCGGCAUUCUUUGUCAAUGACAUCGCUGUUGCGUGCAUCUGACAGUUCCUUGGCAAGGAAACCUGAUCCAACUUUUCCACGGUACACAGAGAAGCACUAAAAGGGCUGCGUGUGCUUCAGGAGCCGAAUUUGCGCCCUCGCCACCUCUACCGCUCCCUGAAAGCUGGUUUUUCAUUCACAUUCUUUGGCAUUGACUGCCUUUUCCUUUCAUUUGAAAAUUCCCACUUUCAUUCGAUCAUCUCGUUCGUUCAAAUUUUAACGACUGUUCUUUCAGAUUGGUGUCAGUAUGGGAAGUGGUGAUGGAAGUAGCCAGGGAGGAAACGGGAAUUCUGGUACACAGCAUAUAUAUGACACGGAUUCUAGCGUUCAAUAUACUGGCCAAUGGGUCUUGAACCAGUUUACGGAUCAAAAUGGCCACCAACAGACAUAUCAUUCAACUGCACAGAAUGGUUCGACAAUAUUUGCUCCCUUCUACGGCAAUCAGAUUAAAGUCAUGGGCAUCACUCCUACGGGUCAGGGAUCAUUAACUGCAAAUUAUUCUAUUGACGGUGGCCAACCAUCCAUGGCUUCCAUACCUACUAUCACACAGAGCAGCCCGUUAUUCUUUCAACAAGCUUUUCUUUCUCCAAAUACGACGCUGGGCAAUCACAAUAUCACUAUCACCGUUCUUGAGACUGGCUCUGGCCGAAACUUCUCCUUCCAAUGGUUCACUGUCAACUCAGGUAUGAAGGAUAUCAAUGAUUCAAGCGACAAUCAUCACCAUAAUGGGCAUGGGGAUGGACAUGGUACACAUACAGCGGCAAUUGUUGGUGGCGUGCUAGGGGCUGUCAUAUUUUUGCUUUUCUGUAUUCUUGGCGCGUUCUACUUUUGGCGAAGGAGAAGGUUAGCUCAAAUGUCUAGCAACGGCCAAAAUCGUCUCCCACCUAUGAUUUACUAUGCCCGGCCCAUAUCUGACGGAAGUUUGAGAGAGAAAGCUGAUUAUAUGCCUGAAGACUCUGUGAUCGACACAGGUUCAAAGUUCACUUUCGCAAGGCACGGAGGUACAUCCACCAAUCCUGCAAGAUCAUGGCUAUCAGUCGAUAUGCCACCCACUGUGCCGAGAAGCGCUGUCGUCAACGAUCGCAUCUCUGACUGGUCGUCUUACAAGGGCUCAAGUGUCAUUGUCGAGCAACCAAAAAUUGAGCGGUCGCGUUUCUCACCUUACACCACGACAACAUUUACUCCCAUGGCCUUCAGGGAACCAACCCCGCUUCCCGGAACGAGACGCUCCGCAGGGAUUCCUUCCAAGAUUGAGACGCUGACUAUGUCGUCCUCUGAGUCGCUGGGUCCUUACGAGAGCCGCAGGUUUUAGUUUACCGGUCUACGGGACUUCAUUUGCUUAUGGACAUAUCUUCCCGUGAAUAAUUCUAUCUUUGUAUCGUUAUUUCUUGUUGCGUUUUUGUUGAUAUCUCGUGUGAAGUGUUGCCUGGGUCAUUAGUUUAGCACACCCGUAUAUACCCGUUGUAAGUUCUCUGUCAGAAGAUGUACAUGAGUCAGAUUGUGUCCAGAUGUAUUAUCCCUGAUUCCGUCUUUAAGGUGUUUAUUUCAUUGACAGAGCGGCACGGCGAACGGCAUGGCAGUGUGAGAAUAUGACACUUUAUAAUAAACUAAUGAUCGACGGCUAGGUCUCCAGCAACGCAUGGCACGACCUAGAUAUCUUUCAUCAUGUAUCACAUUCAACAUGAAACACGUCCGUCUGUGGCGCUGAUACGGCAGGAACCAGUGUGUGGAAUCAUUCGAUUGCGCUUGUUGGUCAUUGGGGACGCUAGUGCUACUGCAUAAUGGACGAGGCAAGGUUGAGGGCUCAGGCAAAAUAAUUGGGGAGAAGAAAGCUCAUCUGGAUUAGUUGAAUAGACUCCGAGCUUCCGCUUCAGACAUGAACCUUGAGUGCCUGCGAGUGGCAGAGACGCUGAGACAUAGAGAUUGCCGGACGUUUUCAUUUGCAGUCGUCAAAAUUUGUUGGUAUCUUUCCACCGUCGCCUACCGCGGGUGCGUGAUGCAGGAAUGCAGCUAUAUUUGCAUGGACAUAUGUUGAGCGGAUAUAAAGGGUGUCCGACGGAGCAGCACAGGCUCCAAAGCUACAAUUUCGUUAGCCCGCUGUUUUCGCCCCCUCGCUGCUGAUUACUCUUUAAGCGCUUCUGCCGGGCUGCAGAGGAAGGAUUUACCCCAUUGAUAACCCCAUUUUACUAGUCUACAUAUUUUACAUAUCCGCGCAAAUCGAUCGCCCAGGGCCAUAAUGACUCGCGUUCUAAUCCCGGUCUGGUCCGCAGACGGCGUACAAAAGCUCAAGGUUGCUCCCCAACCUCCGGCGAAGCCUGCGAGAGGCAUGACACCUCCUGCACUCAACGGCUCCGUCCAUGUUGUCCGAUGCCUUGCCCAGCUGCGCUCGAAGGACAAACCUAUCGAAAAAUACAUCUACCUGGCACAGCUGAAGCAGACAGAUGAACAUAUGUUCUAUCACCUCUGCGUUGACAACAUGACUGAAAUAACCCCGCUGAUCUACACUCCUACCGUCGGCGAUGCCUGCAUCCAAUUCUCACACAUUUAUCGUAGACCGGAAGGAAUCUUCGUCUCGAUCGAAGACAGAGGCAAUAUUCGCAGUAUACUCAACAGUUGGCCGCGGAAGGAGGAAGCCCGCAUUUCCGUGGUCACUGACGGUUCGCGAAUUCUUGGUCUCGGGGACCUUGGCGUGAAUGGCAUGCCUAUUUCCGUCGGCAAACUUUCCCUUUAUGUCGCCGGUGCCGGAAUCCGGCCUUCCUCAACUAUUCCGAUCUGCCUGGACCUCGGAACUAACAACGAAAAAUUCCUUGAUGAUCCGCUCUACCUCGGCAUGCGGCGCCGCCGCGUGUCGGAUGAGGAGAUGUCGGAGUUUAUGGAAGAGUUCAUGUAUGAGAUGCACAGGGCGUUCCCCAAGCUCCUCGUGCAGUUCGAGGACUUCUCAACGGAUAAUGCUUUCAAGUACCUGGAUGCCUUCCGAGACCGUUACCCGGUAUUCAACGAUGACAUUCAGGGCACCGGUGCUGUUGUACUUUCUGGUUUCGUCAACGCGGCGAAGCUUGCUUCGGCGGCCGCUGGGACUCCGCUGCAAGACCAACGCAUCCUAUUCUUGGGUGCUGGUUCUGCGGGCGUUGGUGUUGCAAUGCAGCUCAUGAGUUUCUUCACGCUCCUCGGAAUGAGCAAGGAGGAGGCUCGUCGUCGCAUUUGGUUGGUCGACUCGCAAGGUCUGAUCUACAAUGAGCGAGGAUCUUUGGCGGAGCACAAGAAGUACUUCUCGCGUGACGACUACUCUGGCCCUCCGCUGAAGAAUUUGGUUGACAUCAUUGAGUAUAUCCGACCUACCGCUUUGCUUGGUCUCUCGACUAUAAAUGGUGCAUUCAACAAGGAAGUCGUUGAGACUAUGUCAAGGAUCAACGCACGCCCGAUUAUCUUCCCUCUCUCCAACCCAGUCAGGCUUUCAGAAUGCCAGUUCGAUGAGGCUGUUGAAUGGUCGGAUGGACGCGUCGUCUUCGCCUCCGGUUCGCCGUUCCCACAAUUAAACUACAAGGGGAAGGACUACUACCCCGGACAAGGAAAUAACAUGUACAUCUUCCCUGGUCUGGGACUCGGAGCUAUCCUCUCCCGUGCUGCGAAGGUUUCGGAUAGAAUGGUCGAAGCGGCUUCUCUGGCUCUCGCUGACUCCCUCACGGAAGAAGAGCGGUCUCUUGACAUGGUAUAUCCGCGCGUUGAACGGAUUCGUGAAAUCAGCGUGCAUAUUGCUGUGCGUGUCAUCCGCACGGCACAAAAAGACGGCACGGACCAAUCCGUUUACCUCCGCUCGAAGAAUGACGAAGAGCUCUUUGCAUAUGUCAAGAGCAAGAUGUGGAACCCUCAGAUCUAAAAGUACCAAUGUUACCUUGUGAUACACCUUUUCUAUGAUUCGGCCUGCUACUCAUGUCGAAAGUAUUGAUAGACCUCAGCUCUUAUGGCUCCUUUAGUGACUGUUGUGUAACGAUGUUGUAUGGCUUUACAAUAAUAGAUGUUUACCUUAUCC